UCCGCCAGACAUCGUAUUGGCAUAUUCCUUUUCCACUCCAACGAAAGAGAAUCAAAUAACUGAGGAAGGGAACAAAGGAUACAGAGAAUCCGUCAUAUCAGCAUACAGUAUUCCCUUUCUGCUCCAACAAAAGAAAAUUGUAUAACUCAGCAUAGAGAAAAUUGUGCGCAGAUGUAGCCCCGAAAGGUCAAGAUGAGCUCCUCGGCCGUCCGGCGAAAGUCCUACAAAAAGGCCCAGGAGGACACAGGGCCGUAUUGGGAAGGUGACUCUGCCGACGCCGGCGGGGGUGAAGUGACCGCCGGGAAGCUGCAAGUCAUGGAAAAGUUCUUCUCGCCAGUGGAAGAUGAGCGCAAAGGGCUCUCGGACCAACACCGACGGACGGACAACCGCUUCGCCGCCGCCGCCUCGUUGUCCUCCUCAUCAUCCACUUUCUCCUCGUCUGGCUCGUCAGCCUCGUGGUCGUCGGACGGCAGCUUCGAUAAGGAAGCAUUCUCGGCGACCGCAGAGUCUCACUAUUCCCGUCGGCAUCCGCAGCAUUCGCAGUCCUGUAUUGACGUCUCGAGAGGAGGGAGAAAAAUUGGCGACCACGAAGGGACCUCUCGCUUGGCCCAAAUCGGCGACCACGAAGGGACCCCAGAGUCGGCCGAAAUGGAGAUAUCUUCUUUCGCUCGCUUGCAGAAAGGACAUAGCAAAAGCGUCGAGCGCUUGACGCACCGCCGACAAGCCGCCGUCGACCGCCAAAUACACAAAGCAACGAGUUUGGUUUUCAACGCUGACACGAGUCGAAACAAUCGCCGCAAUAAAGCUCCCAAUAAAGGCAUCUUGAAGAACGGAGAAGACCGGCUAUGGAAAGCAAAGUCGAUCGAGACCAUAACGGUAAGGCCAACCAUGGGAAAAGAGGUUCACGGAUCUUCUUUGGGUCCCGCUCGGCCACUCCAGCGCCGACAACAGCCCCCCAACAGCUUGGAUUUGAGCGCUCCGCAAAAGCCGUCGCCGUCGACCGAACGACUACGCCGCGUGGAAGAGAAGCUGCGUUUCUCGGAAUUCCUCAACGAGAUCACAAAGCAAGUGAUGAGUCCGUUGAGCCUCACUUCGUUGGGGUGGAAGCCCCCCGGGUCGGCGCCGGUCAGCAAGGCCCCCAGCACUGAGGGGUCCUCCUCCUCCCCGGGGUCCGUGGUGCCUGAGGCAAAGGUGAAGAAAUACGAGGCCUCCUCUCCUGCCGUCUUUGGACGACGCCGGACCGGGAAAGAGGCGGAAGAGAGCGAGGGCCCCGAAGGAGGAGGAGGAGGGGGCCCCAAAAGGGGGGAGAAGGAGGUCGGGGCCGAGAAAGAGGCACAAGCCAAGGCAAAGGAUCUGCUCUCAGAAGCCAACACAGAACAACUUUUGUGAGUUUCACAACUCUUAUUAGGACUAUAUUCCCAAUAAAAGAGGGAUUAUUAUUAUUAUUGUAUUCCCUUAUUAUA